AUGGAAGGCAACGCAGGAGCCGAGCUAACCUUACACGCGAUGUCCCAACGUAAAGAUGGUCUAGGAGCCAUUUGGGCGCUCCAGGUGUUCCUUCAAGAAAAAGCAACACUCUUCGAAGUGUAG